AUGUUCAUUGAUUUUUACCAUGAGAAGAAAAACAUCUGCGUUUUAUUACGGCAUCGUUUUCGUUGCACAUUCCGCUGUGCAUUUUUGUGCACGGACAGGAGCGUUGUUGCCUGUCACGAUAAGACCAUUUCAUUUUUGUACACGGACAGGAGCGUUGUUGCCUGCCACGAUAAGACCAUUUCAUUUUUGUACACGGACAGGAGCGUUGUUGCCUGCCACAAUAAGACCAUUUCAUUUUUGUGUACGGACAGGAGCGUUGUUGCCUGCCACAAUAAGACCAUUUCAUUUUUGUGUACGGACAGGAGCGUUGUUGCCUGCCACAAUAAGACCAUUUCAUUUUUGUACACGGACAGGAGCGUUGUUGCCUGCCACGAUAAGACCAUUUCAUUUUUGUACACGGACAGGAGCGUUGUUGCCUGCCAUAAUAAGACCAUUUCAUUUUUGUGUACGGACAGGAGCGUUGUUGCCUACUAA